AUUUAUUUAGUGUUUUGUUUUGAACACGGACUUGCUUUGUUUUGUUUUGUUUUGUUUUGUUUUGAACACGGCCUGGCCUCGGGGAGGUGCCUGCUGCAGGCAUGGCGGUGUGCUCGGUCACCACAGCGACAGGGACGUGGUGAGCCGAGGGCGGGACGAGGGAAGGAGACGGCCUCUUUCUCCUCCUCCUCCUCUUCCUCCUCCUCCUCUUCCUCCUCCCGGGGCCGGGGCUCGGAGGGUGCGGAUGAGGCGGGCGAGGGCGGUGCUGGCGUGCUGCCUGCUCCUGGGGCCGGCCUUCCCCCUCGUCCUGCUGCUGCUCUGACAUGAGCCGCGGCCGGGGGCCGGCCGGCCGGAGCCGGAGGGAGACCCGCUCCGCAGCCCCAGGGCCUGACGCCCCCGGCGGGGGACGAUGAGGAGCCCGGGCGGGCUGAGAUGGGAGAGAGCAUGUCCAAGCGGCUGAAGCUGCAGCUGGGCGGCGAGGCGGAGAUGGAGGAGCGGGCUUUCGCCAACCCCUACGCCGACUACCAGCCGCAGGCGGCGGAGGGCGCCCCGCGGGACAAGGCGCCGCCGGGGGACGAGCCCCUGCCCUUCGGCACCGACGGCAAGGUCAGCACUCAGUUCACAAAACGGAUCCAGACAAAAAUCAAGGACCUUCUGCAGCAAAUGGAGGAAGGGCUGAAGACAGCAGAUCCACAUGACUGCUCUGCCUAUACUGGCUGGACUGGCAUUGCCCUCUUAUAUCUCCAACUGUAUCGUGUCACAAAAAACCAGAGCCAUUUGCAGCGAUCUCUUGAUUAUGUGAAGAGAAUCCUUCGCAAUCUGAAUGGCAGAAGAGUUACUUUUCUAUGUGGUGAUGCUGGGCCACUGGCGGUAGGUGCAGUGGUUUAUCACAAGCUGAAAAAUGACAGUGAAUCUAAAGAAUGUAUUGCCAGGUUGUUGCAGCUCCAAAGGACAGUCGUAAGUGCAGAUGCUGAGCUUCCAGAUGAGCUGCUUUAUGGCAGAGCAGGAUACCUAUAUGCCUUGCUAUACCUGAAUACUGAAAUUGGUCCAGACACUGUCCCACAGUCUGUUAUCAAAGAGGUAAUAGAUGCCAUUAUCGAGUCAGGGAAGAACUUCUCGAAGGAGGAGCGUAAAACAGAGCGUUGUCCUCUCUUGUAUCAAUGGCACAGGAAGCAAUAUGUCGGAGCGGCCCAUGGGGUGGCUGGGAUCUACUACAUGCUUAUGCAGCCAAUUGCAAACGUGGAUCAGGAGACCCUGACAGAGCUGGUGAAGCCGAGCAUUGACUAUGUACGUCAUAAAAAAUUCCGAUCUGGGAACUACCCAUCAUCACUGAGCAACGAGACCGACAGAUUGGUUCACUGGUGCCACGGUGCCCCUGGAGUCAUCCACAUGCUCAUGCAAGCUUAUAAGACUUUUAAAGAGGAUAAAUACUUGAAAGAUGCUAUGGAGUGUAGCGACGUCAUCUGGCAGAGAGGUUUACUGAGAAAAGGCUACGGGAUCUGCCAUGGUACUGCUGGCAAUGGCUACUCCUUCUUGUCUCUCUAUAACCUAACUCAGGACAAAAAGUACCUCUACCGAGCUUGCAAGUUUGCUGAAUGGUGUUUGGAAUAUGGUGCACAUGGAUGUCGUAUUCCUGACAGACCUUAUUCUCUCUUUGAAGGAAUGGCUGGAGCUAUUCACUUCCUCUCAGAUAUUGCAGUACCGGAGACUUCCAGGUUUCCAGCGUUUGAACUUGGUCCUCAAAGGAGGGAAAACAAAGUGGAACAGGACAGCUAAAAGAUUUUUAAAAGUGAACUGAUGCCAAAAGAGACAAGACUGUUUAGUGCCUCUGAUACUGAACCAACUCGACCCUAGCUGACGGAUGGAUAAACCCCGUUUCUCACUUUCCCUGCUGCGAAGGGACCGCAAAGUCAUUAGAGCAUGAAUGAGAGAAGCCACAUUUAAGUUCUGUUAGUGACACCUUCACAUGUAGGACAAGAGAAGUCAAAUUUUGAACUUUCUCUCUUUUGUUGUAUUUGUCUUCUCCAGGUCUUUGACAUGCUCUGCAUGUUUAUUGGUGUUGUCUGUUGAUUCGAGUCUUUUGUUGUUAGCGGAGAGCUGUUCUUUGUGUGAAGCUCUGUCCUGUACCUUCAUGCAUGAUCCAUAACAGCAAUGUCGCUGACCCCUAACAGCAGUGUUGCUUUCUGCAGUGUGGCUAGCCAGAGAGCUCCACUUCACGCCAGAGAGUUCACUGUAAGACAGAGUCCAGCUUCACUGGUGAGCUGGUAACUUUAAAAUGAUGAAGAACACGUCUUAUGUUCAUAGUUUUCUGCAUUUUUCUCCACGGUCCCUAGAAGCUGAGGUGGUGGAGAUCAGCUUUACUUGGUGAAGUGGUGUGACGCCAUCACGAUUUUCAGGAGUGUGUCAGGUUGGAGAGGGCCUAAAUUAAUUUUCUUUUGCUGAUGAUGUGGGAGGGAUUUUUUGUUGUUGUUGUUUCGGUUUGUUUUUUUUUUUUUUUUGAAAGCCUGAAAGAGCGGCUGCCUGCGCCUGGUUAGUGUGUUAGGCCUAUAGUAUAAGGAGGAGAUGCUCUGCAUGGCGUGAGCUUAACAAACUGCAGGCAGAGUCACCCGUACUAACCUCCCUCUGCUGCCAAGAGAAGAGCAGGACAGUGUAAUUGUGCUUCUCCACUCAUAUACGUGGAUUUGUAAUAAACCUCUCUCCAGCAGCACGUAGGGUACAAGGAAAGGAGGAAGUCAGGGCUGUUUCUCAUGCUGGUAACUCAGGAUGGUAACUGGUUCCUGAACCAAGGAAGUGAUUUGUUCUGGGCCUUUCUGUUCCUUUCCCGGCCCCAUUGCAUUUAGCCCAUGUAAUAUGACAGGAGCAAUAAAUACCAGCUGCUUGUGGAGGCUGCAGAAGAUUAAUGAGCAAUAUGUAAGCCAUUGCUAGAAGCUGUAAUUGAAGUUAUUUCAACUUAAAAGCAAGACAGAAAAUGCCCUUUGCCCUUAGUUUUUGACUGUGCUGUUAGUGCUUUGCUUCCCCCUGCACUGUGAUGGAGUUGUGAAGUAGUGGGUCCUCUCUCUGCCAGCAAGGUGGUACUCAGUUCUGCCUCCACGUGCUCGUAUCAGUCUGGGAGGAGAAGUGGAGCAUACUGUAAGUACACUUACAGCAUGUUCAUGUUUUCCAGGUAAUAAGUAUGUGUGCUAUUUGAGAAAGGUAAGUAAGCAGAGCACUCUCUCACUUGCUCAAGCUCUGUUGUCAUUCUCCCUCUGCACCCUCUCGCCUCCCCCCCCGAGAUCCUCCUGUGUUGUGUCAUUCCAGGUGCUUAUUUUAAUUGGUACUUACAUCAGGUGCAGAUGUGACAGGUGGCUGAGACUUUGACCUUUCAGGCCCACAUACAUGACACGUGCUGAGUGCCAAUGCUUGCGGUCAGGCUUGGAAAUGCAUUGUUGCACCUACAUAAAACGCUGACAGGUAGCAGUUGAUGUCCUUGAACUUCAUAGUAUCUGUUGCCAAAGCCAUUAGGAUGCUAAUAUUUUCUGGAUUUGGUUCUGCUGUUGCAGUAGCAACAGUUCCAGUGCUGGGAGAGCGUAAAAGUCAUGGCGUAGCUCCUCUGCUGAUUUGUCAAGCAAAACAUGGAGCAGGGGAGAGAUUUCUCUACCCCUCUGGCAAAGGGUAGAAGAGUUGGUGGGGGGCAUUGAACCCAGCUGCAUCUGUGCAGCCAAGCAGGAGGGAAAAUGCUGAAAGGCAGUGGAAAGGAAGGGAGCUGCACGGCAAGCAGCUGUGGUGAAAUGAACCUGAGCAGAGAGGCAGAAAGUGGUGGGAUCAGUGCGGAACAGGAGGAAUUGGUUACAGGAGGUAAUGCACAGAGCAUACCAGCAGAGGCCAGCUCAAAUGAGAUAUUCUGCCGUGGCACGUAUGCUGAGGUCUCACGCUGUAUUUCUUUCUUCAUCCUGUGGCUUACUGCUCCUCCUGUUAUCUAUUUCCUCCUAUCCAUGGGGGAAACUGGCCCAGGUUAGUGUCUCAGAAAUCCUAACAAAAGCAGACGUGGAGGUAGAAUGCUGCCGUGAUCCUCUGUUCCACGUCAUCCGCACUCCUGUUUCCUUCCUCUCCUCUGCAAAUGCAGAACACGUGAGGUGGGUUAAGAAGGAGGGGUGCAUCCCUUUGGCAUGUCUGCAAGACCCUCCUGCAAAUGCAGAAGCCACCAGCCAUCCUGGUAGAGCCCAAGCAUGUGUUUUACUGACUGCCUAGCUGGGGGGUCAGUGGGGAGGGUUUUUCACUCAGUUGUUAUAAGCAUUCUUGGCUUGGAAUGACACUUGCAGAAGGUAAUUUUGGCUAGCUGGAGCCCAAGGAGAAUUAAAAUUUACUGUCUGGCUUAAAAAAAAUGUAUAUAUAGGUACAUGCACACUUAAAACUGCUUAAUACUGAGCAGAUCUUGGAGGUGCUUGAGUGCACCAGUGGAUGUAAUGAGCAAAUCCCCAGUGCUAGCUCUUUCUGUACCACAGUCAGCCUUCAGCUGGGGUGAGGCCCAGCACUGUCUUUCUCUGCAGAAUCAUCCUGGAAUUAAGUAAGACUGGAAAUAAUGUAUCACAUCAGGAAGCUUAUGACUGUGUCUGCCUUGUCUUCCUGACGUGACUUUCCCCAUAGCUCCUCCUCUCUAUUUGUUACAGCUUCGUGAUACACAGGUGGCCCAUUUAAAAAAAAAUAAAUGUGUGAAUGAGUGAAAAAAUGCAUUUCACCAAGACACUGUUUUCAGAAAUCACAUCAAACUAAAAUGUGGAAACUGUCUUAAUAUUCCCUGGUUUGCUUUGUCCAUGUGUAGUAGUCCAUCUGGUGCAAAAAGCAGUAAUGUUAAAAAUGGAGAUGCUCUUUAGGCAGAAAAAGAAGAAAAAUGCUGAUGUUUUGUUCUUUGGCUUUAUUAGUAAAGAUCAAGUUGUGUGGUGGUAA